AUGCCGGCCGCGGCUGGGGACGGGCUCUUGAGCGAGCCCACCGCGCCAGGCUCGGGGCUCGGAGGAGGAGACGACGGCGGGGAAGACGCGAAGCCUUCUCUUGCCUCGGCUGGAAGUUUCCUCCCUGCCUGGGUGAGCGCGGUGUCUAGGGAGCAGCUCCGGGACUUCCAGCACAACAAACGGGUUGGCAACUAUCUCAUCGGCAGCAGGAAGCUGGGAGAAGGCUCCUUCGCUAAAGUGAGAGAGGGACUACAUGUGCUGACCGGAGAAAAGGUGGCAGUGAAGAUCAUUGACAAGAAGAGAGCCCAAAAGGACACUUAUGUCACGAAAAACCUAAGACGAGAGGGGCAGAUCCAGCAAAUGAUCCGGCAUCCCAAUAUCACUCAACUACUUGAUAUCUUAGAGACAGAAAAUAGCUACUACCUUGUCAUGGAACUGUGUCCUGGUGGCAACCUGAUGCACAAAAUCUAUGAGAAAAAGAGACUGGAAGAACACGAAACUCGCAGAUACAUCAGGCAACUUAUCUUGGCAGUAGAACAUCUUCAUCGGGCAGGAGUAGUCCACAGAGACUUGAAGAUAGAAAAUUUGCUACUAGAUGAAGACAACAAUAUCAAGCUUAUUGACUUUGGCUUGAGCAACUAUGCAGGCAUCUUGGGUUACUCAGAUCCUUUCAGUACCCAGUGUGGCAGCCCAGCCUAUGCAGCUCCAGAACUUCUUGCCAGGAAAAAAUAUGGUUCCAAAAUAGAUGUCUGGUCUAUAGGUGUGAAUAUGUUUGCUAUGUUAACUGGAACACUGCCUUUCACUGUGGAGCCAUUCAGUCUGAGAGCUUUGUACCAAAAGAUGGUGGACAAAGAAAUGAACCCCCUCCCUACUCAACUCUCUACUGCAGCCACAAACUUCCUGAGAUCUCUACUAGAACCAGAUCCUGCAAAGAGACCAAAUAUUCAACAAGCUCUGGCAAAUCGUUGGCUUAACGAGAAUUGUCCUGGGAAAACUCCAUGUAAUAUCACAUAUCCAAACAGGAUUCACCUAGAAGACUUGAGCCAAAGUGUGGUACUUCACAUGACUGAAAAGCUUGGAUACAAAAAUAGUGAUGUGAUCAACACUGUCUUGUCCAACAGGGCUUGCCACAUCCUUGCCAUCUACUUCCUGCUGAACAAGAAACUUGAACGCUAUUUGUCAGGCCUUAGAAAGUCAAACAUUCAAGACAACAUUUUCUACAAGAACCAGCUCUAUCAGAUGGAAAAGUACAAAGUAAAUAAAGAGUCUUACGAGGACAAAAAGCUUAAAGAGCAAGAGAAGAAAGGGGAUUUUCUUCAUCGACCAUUUCCAAAAACACUAGAUAAGUACAUGACUUCAUACAAGCAGCAGCCAUCUGCUUGUCUCAUCACACAGAUUCAAAACACAAAAGCCAGAAAGGACCAGAAAGCUACCAAGUCUAAUUUCCCAGAAAAAGAAUCAUUUCGUGGCCUUAGCCCCUUUCAUGAAGCUGCUACAGGAGCCAAGACUGGGUGUAUUGCUUCUUGUUCUUUGGAAUAUCUUGAAAUUCAGCAUCCCAGGACCCCAAGAAUUAUGAAGAAGCAGGAGAUUAAUCAGCAAGAACCUGCAAGCCUGGGGAUCCAGUCAAAGGAAGCUCAUUUAGUCCUAGAUGUUGUACGGUCCUUUGAAUCUGUUGAUCGAGAGGACCAAUUAGAAUUACUUUCUCCAACUCAUCACUAUAGGAUUUUGAGUUCACCAGUGAACAUUUUACGAAGAAACUCUAAUGAGAGGACAUUAUCACCAGUUUUACCAUUGGGGAGCAUCUCCCCUAGCAAAGCUCCUACCCAUUCUACUCCAGUCUCUUUUACCUAUGAAGAAAAAAAUAGCCCUUCAAGGGAAGAGAGCAUGUGUUCCCCUCCGGCAGUUCCUCCUAAUGGCACUGCACAUCCUCUGGGUAGUCCAAAUUGUGUGAAAAGUAGAGGCAGGUUUCCCAUGAUGGGAGUUGGACAAAUGUUGAGAAAGAGAAAUCAGACUAUUCAGUCCUCCACUGACAAGCCUCUAGAGGUCAGGUUGCCUCAACUACAUCAGAUUAAUCCAGGAAACAUUUCAUUUGAUACCAAUGACAGUGUGAAAGGCCAAUGUUAAUUUAGGUCAAGUUCUAGUGUCUCUUGGGAUUUGGAUGUUGUACCUCAAAGGGAAAAAGUAUUGCUACAUAGCUCUGCAUAUCUGCCAGAGUGUUAAAUCUGGGGAAUCUGCUAUUG